UCGGGAUCACAGCUCUGCUCUCCUCUUCACAUUCAGAGCCAUCGCCAUGGCUACUACCAAGAGCAGCCCUCUACUGGGCUCAGCCAAUCAGAGGCUGGUGAGUAAAGAUGGGCGGUUCCUCUUUCCCCAACCGGGCCAAUCAGGACAGAGAUUGGCGUUCUCAGCACUUCGUAGAGACUGGAUGGGGGUGUGGCUGAACAUGCGCUGGAGAUAUGUCAUCCUCAUCUUCCUCUGCGCCUUCCUGCUCCAGUGGCUGGUGUUUGCCUGUCUGUGGUACGCUCUGCAGUGGAACAGCGGGGCUAUGGACAAGGGAGAGAGCUACGACCCACUCACCGGAGACCUGAGCGAUAUGCCCUGUGUACUCAACCUGUACAGCUUCAGUGCAGCGUUCUGUUUUGCUGUGGAGACACACCUCACCAUUGGUUACGGUACCAUCUACCCGAACCCAAACUGUCGCCACUCUGUUCUCCUGUUAACCGUUCAGAUGCUGGUAGCCCUGGUGUUCGACGCACUGCUCACAGGUGCGCUGGUGGCCAAGUUUACUCGUCCGGGUAAGCGUAGCGAGGGCCUGGUGCUCAGCCGCGUGGCGUGUGUGUGUGAGGACGGCCCCGGCGGGCAGGAGAGUGUGUCGCUGCGUGUGUGCAACACCACGGGCCGCGCGCUCAUAGACGUGUGUGUGAGAGCCGUGCUGCUGACCAGAGACGAGGAGGGGGGCGGAGUUACACAGAGGGAGGUCCAGUUCAGUGCCAUGGGGUCACCGAUGGGGUCGCGACCUUGCCCCCUCUUCCUGUCACCUUUGACCUUUCGUCACCCGCUGACCCCCGACAGCCCUGUAGGACACGCCCUCAAGUCUCCCGCCCAAUCAGAAUUCGAGAUGAUUGUGUUUGUCACCGCUCACCAGGAAACAGGCGCCACCCACCAACAGAGAUCGUCCUAUCAGAGGUCAGAGAUCCUGCAGGGGCGGAGCUUCUCCCGUGGCAACAAGCAAGGCUGCCAUAGCAACCAGUGCUUCAUGACACUGGCAUGGGAGAAGAAACACUCCAACACCCCCACACAAGCCAUCACACCCACACACACCAUCACCCCCACACACACCAUCACACCCACACACACCAUCACACCCACACACACCAUCACACCCACACACACACCGUCAACUGCACUCACUCCGGCCACUGAAGACCAGGAAGACCAAAAACCCGACACAGAGUGUGUGUGAGCGUAGAGGGGUGUGUGUGUGUGUGUGUGUGUGUGUGU